AAGCUCCUCUUAAGCUUGAGACCCCACUGUGGCUCAGAGAGGACCAGCCAUGGACCCUAUCAAGCCUCACCAGCCGUUCUCCGACAUUUACUCUGAAGUUAUUGUCAGCUCCAGUGCAGAUGUCCAGGCUCCGCCCAGGAAGGGGUCCACAGGGCCUGAGAACAGUGGAGACAUGGUGGGCCGAGUGCGACCCCACCCAUCACCGUCCCGCAGGAGACACCGCACCACCUUCAGCCAUGAACAGCUGGAGCAGCUGGAGUUAGCCUUCAGACACAACCACUACCCUGACAUCUACUACCGAGAGGAACUGGCUCAGACAACCAAACUCAACGAGGCUCGCAUUCAGGUUUGGUUCCAGAACCGGCGCGCUAAGCAGAGGAAGCAGGAGCGAGUCACCCAUAAAGCGGUGCCCGGGCGCCGGGCCCUGCUGAGCGGCUUGCGGGUGACCCCUGCAGGCUCGGCCAGGCAGUACCAGUGCUCUCACUCUCUCCCACACAUCCCGAGGUUCCCCGCAGUGCUGCCCACUGGCGGCUACUCCCCUCACGCAGCCGCCGCUCAGCUGGCCUGCCCCGCUGCCCCUGCCCCAGCACAGCCCGUCCGGCAGCACGAGGACUGGUACAGCCAGCUGUGCAGCAUCGGAGCUCCAGCCGCCAGCCUGCCCCACGCCUCUGUGUUCUCUCUGGCCUCCAUGUCCGCCCUGGAGCCGGCCACUCACUGGAGCUAGAGCAGGCUGAGACAGGAGGCCUACAUUCAUAUUACAAACUACGUCUUACAAAACUCUGUUUUUCCCCAGUUCUUAGCUGUUCUUAGCUGUUUCACAGGUGUGUUGAUAGUGUGAACAAGUAUGGUAUAUGGUAUACCUCUCUAUAAAGUAUACCUCUCUAUAAAGUGACCUUAAUGCCCACAUUUAAUCAAGCUAGUGAUAACAAUUGUGCCUUCAAACACAAAACAACAUUAAAGAUGACACAAGAAGCAAACUUGAUUUUCACUUCCAACUUUAAAUACUUAAAGGAGGAAUCCGGUGUAAAAUGGAGCACCACAUGCUAAGUGGUGAGCACCAGAUACUAAGUGGUGAGCACCAGAUACUAAGUUGUGAGCACCACAUAUUAAGUGGCACUGGAUAGUAUAUUCACUCGUCUAUACAUGAUUUAACAGACUGCUAUGUUGUGCUGAGCACAUCCUCCAUCCAGUUAUCAAAAUCAUAUUUAUUUAGCUAGCCAUUUGUGAUCUAAUGUAGGCUGCUUUAUUUCAGUGUGCAAAGAUCUAGCUAGCUAACAUUUUACACUGUAAUAAAGGAGUUAACGUUAGCUUACAUGGCAAGCUAACAACUUUAUUUUCACUGUGGACUAUUUGCUCAGCAGGGCAGGUUACUGUAAGUUGUUUGUCAGUCUAAAUUAUAGCUUGCUAGCUACAAUUUGUUUUGGUGCUUACCUUAGUAUUUGGUGCUGCUCACCACUUAGUAUGUGGUGCUCUCCACUUAGUAUGUGGUGCCAGGGCUGAGGCUGGAGCAGUAUUAGCAUUAGCUGCUAAUCGCACUAAGUGCUAGCUCUUUCGCAGCUCAGAGGAGAGUAUAUCAGACUGUAGUCUGCGUGUUUACCAUGUUACAACAAGCUAUGCGGGACGAACCGCUAGCUGAUAGCACCCUGGCUUACCAGAACACUCAGGGUUCCUCAGUGUAGCGCUGUUGGUGCUAACUGCGCUAAAAUAUUGGAAAUCUAAGCUUACUGUAAGUAAAAUAAAGAAGAGAAACCUGUGUAAAUAAACAUUCAGCACAUGUUUGACUUUGAAAGAAAAUGUUAUUUAAAAAAAUACAGUUUAAGUUACUUGCGCCUCCAGCAGCAAGACCUGCCGAAUUAGAAAAGAAACAUGGUGACACCCCUGUUCCUUACUAUUGUCACUUAAAAUGCACCUUAUAAUCUGGUGUGCCUUAUAGUCCGUAAAAAAUGGUACAUCAAUAACAAGUUCAAAGUAGCCCCACACUUCACUGGUAGAAUUCUGAGGGCACUGAUGUUUAAUACGAGGCACUGAGAAAUUUGAAAAUGCACAGAUAGUUUACUAAAAACACAGUUUAUACAUACACAGAACCUUCAAGUAGUUCCAGGGGCAAAUGAAGGUGUUAUUCAAUAAAAGGUAAUAACACCUACUUUACUUGAAGGGGAAAGCAUCACAGGACAGCGUAAAUAUUGGUUUAUUUAUCUCUCCUUAUUUACAGAAUGUAAGUGUGCUGGGGGUUUGGAAAAAAAGCUAUUUAAAAAAUACAAUCUAGUUUUAAAAAAUGGUUUUAAAGCUCUGUCCCAACCAUUUUAACAAUUUAAUGCUUUAAUGAAAUGUUUUAGCUCCCAUAUAACUGUUUCUACAAAAUGUUAAAAUACAAGUUAUGAAAUUGCUGUUGUCAUGUGUGUUACAUCAGGAUUU